AUGCCAUUCAGACUCAAGAAUGCUAGUGCUAUCUACCAAAGGCUGAUGACGAAAAAUUUUAAGCCUUUGAUUGGUCGAAUUGUGGAAGUCUACAUUGACGACAUUGUUAUAAAGAGCGAAACCCAAGCUAAGCACGCUCAGCACCUAGAAGAAGCAUUCCAUUUGAUGCGAGCAUAUAACAUGAAGCUCAAUCCAGCUAAGUGUGCUUUUGGCAUCAGCACGAGGAAGUUUCUAGGGUUUAUGGUAACCCAAAGAGGAAUUGAAGUUAAUCUGGCUCAAGUGAAAGCCAUCCUCGAAACACCCGCUCCAAACAAUAAGAAAGAGUUACAGCGCCUCACGGGUCAUUUUGUAGCUUUGGGAUGUUUCAUAGCCUGUUUCAUAGACAAGCUGAGGCUUUUCUUCCUCACACUCAGGGGAGCAAGCAUGUUCGGUUGUACUGAUGAAUGUGAGCAGACAUUCGAAGCAUGCCGUCUUGUUUCAUCAGAUAUGAGACAAAGAACAAAAGCUCGUCUACUAUGUGAGCAAGGCAAUGAAUAUGAAGCUGUCCUAGCCGAGCUAGAUCUUGCCCUAACGCUGGCUGCAACCAAGUUGGAAAUCAGGAACGACUCUCAGCUAAUUAUCAGACAGAUUCAGCGAGAGUAUGAAGCAAAGGAUGAAUGCAUGGCUCGCUACCUCGCCAUGUGUUUGAACGAGCCAGAAGCCAAAUAUGUCCUAGCUAAACUCCAUGAAGGCGUAUGCGGCAAUCACCUAGGCAAACGAACUUUGGCACAUCGCACUUACACACAAGGGUACUAUUGGCCCACAAUGAAGCAGGAUGCUGAAAAAGCUAUGUCAAGAGAUGUGAUCGGUGUCAAAGACACGUACCCAUUCCCCAUGCACCUUCUGAAGCUCUCAACCUGUUCACAAGUCCUUGGUCAUUUGCAUAAUGGGGAAUGGACAUAG